ACUCAGAAAGACAAAUCCAAGAGUGACCCGAGACACAGAUUCUUACCAAAUAAACAAACAAAAAAACACACACACACACACACUUUCCAUUUUCUGUGGUUCUUCUUCUCACUUCUCCAAUCUUCUCCCCCCUCUGUCACUCCCCGCUUCUCUGAAUCCCUUUCUGUUAAUCAUCUGUCUUUCACCUCGUGAUUCCAAAAAGAUUCAAACUUUGAAAAUUUUUCUCGAAAGCCAGGUGUUUUCAGAAUCGAGAUCCAGCUUCUUUUUAUCCUUUUGUUAAGAAAUUAUUAUUUUCUUUCAUUCAGCCAAGAGGGUUGUUUUUGAUCCCUCAAAGCUUUUUUCUUUCUUCUUGGAUUAAAGGGGUUGUCUAUUUUAAACCUCUUCCAUCCCUUUUUUUUUAAAAAAAAAAUUAUUAUUUUUUUUUGUAAUUUUUAAAAGAAACGCAGGUUGAUUUUUUUAAUCUAAGAUCUGUGUGGUGUAGUUGGAAAAUUUUUAUAUGGCAGCUACGAUGAAUUUCUACAACGGAACAUCACAAGAACAAGUUGAGUCAGAUCCAUUCAGAGGUGAGCUCAUGGAAGUUCUAGAACCUUUUAUGAAAACUAGCCCUUCCUCAACAACUCCCUCUAUUAUUCUCUCUUCAGAUUCACCUUCAUCUUUUGAUUUCCCUUCCUCUUCUUUACUUUCUCCACACCCCAAUUUCUACACACACACUCCCCCCCCUUCCUACUUACUCCAAAGCCAACAAUCCUUAAUAGGCUUUGAGCAACCACCGAGUUCCCUUCUCGGGCUCAACCACCUAAGCCCGUCUCAGAUUUCUCAGAUCCAGGCCCAGAUCGAGGCCCAACAGAGCCAAAACCAGAACCCACACUCUCUCAACUUUCUCGGCCCGAAGCCUGUCCCAAUGAAGCACGUGGGCGGGCCUCCGAAGCCCACGAAGCUGUACCGGGGCGUAAGGCAGAGGCAUUGGGGGAAGUGGGUGGCGGAGAUCAGGCUCCCGAAGAACCGAACCAGGCUCUGGCUCGGAACCUUCGACACGGCGGAGGAAGCUGCUUUGGCUUACGACAAAGCCGCGUAUAGGCUCCGAGGCGACUUCGCGAGGCUGAACUUCCCGAGCCUGAAAGGCUCGUGCCCCGGGGAGGAGUACAAGCCUGUGCAUUCCGCGGUGGACGCUAAGCUCGACGCGAUUUGCGCCAACUUGGCGGAAAUGCAGAAGCAAGGGAAGACGGAGAAAGGUGCCAGGUCAGCGAAGAAAUCGAAGCAAGGUCCGAACCAGGAGGCCAAGCCCGAACCUCAAGCUUCCGCUGAAAGUGAGGGUUCUGCGGAUUCUUCUCCGCUGUCUGAUCUUACCUUUGAUGUAACCGAGCCGCAAUGGGAACAUUUUAAUUUGCAGAAGUUUCCUUCUUAUGAGAUCGAUUGGGAUUCUCUCUGAAGUUCGUCAUUGUUUUUAUGUCUAGUCUUGUGGCUAAUAAUAAUAAUAAUUUAGGUUAGUCUUGCUAGGUGGCUGCUGCAAUUGAGUUUUUGAAGAUUGCAGUGCUUCUUGUAGGAUUUCGAUUUUUUUUUUUUUUUUAGCAUUUGCUUAUUGGCUGUUUGGUCAAUAUGAUGUAAAUCUCUCUACCUUGGUCAGCUGGGUUUUUUUUUUAUUUUUUUUAUUUUCUUGCUUGGCCUGGGAGAAUGACUUCUAGCCUUCUAGGUGUUGUCUAUGCUUUGAUGUUCAUCCAAGUAUGUUAUUAUUAUUAUUGUUGUUGAUGUAAUUCAAUUUUAUUUGCAUCUCAGAAUUUAUGAAUAUAUUUGUAUUUCAGCUUA